UGACCUGGCAACAAAAUAACGUAGCUAGAGAAAUCUGCCAGGGAGGGGGCUGAAGAACAAAACAAUGACACGGCUCGGAAGGAUUCAAAUACAGUGACACUUUUAAAGACUUUUAAAGCGGAAUCGCGCGGAUUUCCCUCCCGGUUUAAAGUAAAAAGGAAAAACAAGAGUCCGCGGAUAGCCGAGCUUUUGACAUCGACUGGCUGAUGUUUGUGUUGUUAUGUUGUUACAGCUCAGUUGACAGACCGGAGGCUAGCGGCUUGUUUGGACGGCUGUGAACUGUUGGGGUUUGCUGGCUCGCUAAUUACAGUUUUCCUUUGGAAAAAACUUGAAAGUGUCCGUCGACUCCGGUUAGCCGUGAGCUAAGUGUUCCAUUUACCAGUUAGAUGUUGAGGGUCAGUUCGCUAGUUAGCCUGUUGUUAGCAUCAACAUUUGCACAUUCAUUAUUUUCAGGGAGAGUUCAUUGUCUCGGCUGGUACUGACAAAACAGCACCCGUUUCUGUGUUAUUUUACCUGUUUUAUUACGAAUUUUCGAUAGAUUUUAUGCACUGCUGCAGCUAAACGCUAACUUUAAUGCAUGAACAAGCUACGUGUUAAAAAAGAUAACUCAAGGAGACGGCUGAUUCUGUUUUGCUGCCUCGCUGUAAGCUAAGUUACACUAAAGGACAUUACCUGAAAGCGUUUUUAAAGUUUGAAUUUUUACUUAUUUGAUAACUUGUGUCACUGUUGGGUUUUUACAUGCAGUGAGUCGUCAGCCUUGUCACCAUGCAGCUAUUUUAAGUUUAUUUCAUUGUGUUUGGUGUAUUUCAGGUUUCACUAUCAAUACAAAUUGUGCACAUUUCACUAGUUGCUAUAUUGGAAAUAGCUGGUGCUGUUGACAGAGCUGUUCCAAUAAAGCACUGAUCUGUAUUCAAGUUGUCAGAAACGAUGAGUGGCCAUGGCUCAUCUUCAGAAAAGGGAGUCAAUACUAGUCUGAUAUGUCAAGAGAGUUACUCCUGUGGUGGCUCUGAAGAGGCUGCGUACGAGUGCGAUGAGUGCCGAAGCCUUCAGUGUGUCCGCUGUGAGAUCGAGCUCCACAGUCAGGAGCGCCUGAAGAACCACGAGCGGGUCCAGAUAGGCCCCGGCCAUGUCCCUUACUGUGACAACUGUAAAGGAGGUAACGGGGACGGCGGCAAACGCCAUAGAUCCGUGGUCCGCUGCCAGAACUGCAAAGUUAACCUGUGCCAAGACUGUCAGAAACGCACCCACAGCGGAGGCAACAAGAAGAAACACCAGCUCACACCUUACCCUCCGCCCCCCAAACCCGCGGAGGUCAACUCCGUCCAGACGUCCGUCCAGCCGCCGUCCGUCCAGACGUCCGUCCAGCCUGCUGUUCAGAUAGCAGAUGAAGCCAAAUCUCAGAGAGCAAAACUUCUGGAGAAGGUGUCCAGUUUUCUCCUGGUUGAUGAGAAUGAGGAAAUGCAGAUAAAAGACGAAGCUUCGUUCAUGAAGAGCCUCAGCUGCGACCCGGACCAGCUGCUGAAGGUGGUGUCCAUCUUUGGCAACACGGGAGAGGGCAAAUCUCACACCCUCAACCACACUUUCUUCACCGGCAGGGAGGUGUUCAAGACGUCCCCCACGCAGGAGUCGUGCACGGUGGGCGUGUGGGCAGCUUUCGACCCCACCCGCAAGGUGGUGGUCAUCGACACGGAGGGGCUGCUGGGGAACAGCUCCAAACAGGGCCAGAGGACCCGUCUCUUGCUCAAGGUGCUCGCCGUCUCCGACCUGAUCAUUUACCGCACCCACGCCGACCGUCUCCACGACGACCUCUUCAAGUUCCUCGGUGACGCCUCGGACGCCUAUCUGAAGCAUUUCACCAAGGAGCUGAAGGCAACGACGGCCCGCUGUGGCCUGGACGUGCCGCUGUCCACCUUGGGUCCGGCGGUGAUCAUCUUCCACGAAACUGUUCACACUAAGUUGCUGGGUUCAGAUAAGUCAUCUGAGUCAGUUGAUCGGCUGCUGUUGGAGCGCUUCAGGAAGCUUUCCCGCUUUCCAGAGGCCUUCAGUUCAGUCCAGUACUGGGGCACGCAGACCCUCAGUCCCCCCACUGACUUCCGUGGCUUGCAGAGUAAGCUGGAGCUGCUCCUCGACAACAACGCCACCCGCUCCCCGCGCACCCCUGUGGUCAUCUUUAAAGCCCUGCAGGCACUGAGCGAGCGCUUCAACGGUGAAAUUGCAGGGGAGCUGGUUGCGCACAGCUGCUUCUUUCCUGAUGAGUACUUCACCUGCUCCAGCCUGUGCCUCAGUUGCGGAUCUGGCUGCAAGAACAGCAUGAACCACUUAGGAGAAGGAGUGCGUCAUGAGGCGAAGCAUCGCUGUCGGUACUCCGCUCAGUAUGAUAACCGCAUCUACACCUGUAAGGCUUGCUAUGAAGGGGGCAAGGAAGUGGUCGUUGUCCCCAAGACCUCGGCUUCUUCAGACUCUCCUUGGCUGGGCCUCGCCAAAUACGCCUGGUCUGGGUAUGUUAUUGAAUGUCCCAACUGCGGAGUCAUCUAUCGGAGCCGUCAGUAUUGGUACGGGAACCAGGACCCUGUGGAUACAGUUGUCCGCACUGAGAUCCAACAUGUUUGGCCAGGGUCGGAUGGCUUUUUAAAGGACAAUAGCAAUGCUGCACAGCGGCUUCUGGAUGGAGUCAACCUAGUGGCUCAGUCUGUGUCAGAGAUCAGUGUCAAACCUGCCAAGGCCGUCACCUCCUGGCUGACAGAUCAGAUCGCACCAGCCUACUGGAAACCCAACUCCCUCAUCUUGGUGUGCCACAAGUGUCACGCAGUCUUCCAGGAUAACGACACUAAGCACCACUGCCGUGCCUGCGGGGAGGGAUUCUGCGAUGGCUGCUCCGCCAGAGCUGCGCCCGUCCCCGAAAGAGGCUGGGGGCUCGCCCCCGUCAGAGUCUGUGACGUCUGCUUCGAGCAGAGGGCUUCGUAUGCAGAAGCACUUGAGGCAGAGCUCGAGGAGGAAGAAGGCGGAACUCUUGCCAGGAAGGUUGGAGAAGCAGUCAGCAGCACCAUAGGAGUCGUGGUCACUGCUAUUGACAUCCCACUCGGCCUGGUGAAAGACGCCGCCCGUCCUGCCUACUGGGUGCCUGAUCAGGACAUCCUGUCCUGCCACAACUGCCAACGUGAGUUCACUGCCAAGCUGUCCAAGCACCACUGCCGCGCCUGCGGCCAAGGGGUGUGCGACGACUGCUCCCCGGAGCGCCGAGCGGUCCCGUCGCGCGGCUGGGAUCACCCAGUGCGCGUGUGCAACAGCUGCAACCAGAAACCCGGAGAACUUUAACGGGGCCGGGCCUCCCUUCCGCAGACCACCAGAGAGAACCGCUCACUCAGCUCCGCAGUCUCUCGCUGCUAAAGUAUACCUCCGUUAACUCUAAUGGUUCUGUCUGUCAUCUGUGGAAAGGAAUUUCUUUAGGAGUAUGUAGGACAUUUAGCAGAUUUGGGAUUUCAAAGUUCCUGUGGCCUUUGUAGAGCAACCAGAACAUGUGAGUUACUUGACUGAGUGUGAAACCUGCGUUUCCACUCUGUUUAUUCACAGAGUGAAUAUUUUGAUUCUUAUUGACAAAAAAAUCCCUAAUUUUACGUUAAGUACGGCUGUUGAGCUAUUUUUAUACUACAGAAAAUCUAAAAAAAAAUAUCAUUUAAAGAGUAAUAGUUAGUGGAGCGUGCUGGAGGGUUGGUGUGUUUAGUUUCCAGCGCUUCUUGUUAUUGUUUCUCUGGCGUGUAAUGGCAAAGAGAUACUUUAUAUCCCUGCAGGUGUAACUGUGGGCUCCAUUGCAUGCAUGUAUUGCAACAUUUUAGUUUUUGCACUAAGCCUUUUUUCAGCUGUUAUAGGCUGUUGCUUACCAUGGCCAAAAGCCAGAUGUCCACGUGAUGAAGUCCCCGAAACUGAGUUGAAAUCUACUGCAGUGGGUCUAGAUGGUGGAUGUCUGGUGU